GAGCAGAGCGACUUCAAUCGAAGAAGCUGCAGGAGACCGACUACGUCUAAUGCUGCACGUUUUGGGGAGCUUGUCUAAGGAGAAUGCAGGAUGAGCAAUGCAAGUGAAUUACAGAGAUCACCAUCUAUUCUACGGGUGUUCGACAGUGCUGAAGGAGUUAUUUGAAGUCAUCCUCAAGCGUCCCCUGUCCGGCUCCAGACAGAAGAGCUGGUUACCGACCCGCUGCUCCUCCGUUGAUGCUUCUCUUCGACUGAAGGUCCUCCAUGCCACUCCGCACCGCCCUGGGCUCCGCACCGCGCCCUGCGCCGCCCCAUUCCGCUCAUACUGCACGAAAACCGAAGGUGCCGUAGAACCGGACGAACAGCUAAAGAAGAAUGGUGUCAGCAAAGAAGCAUCCAUUGACAAGAGAAGAAAUGCUGGCAUUCUCCCUAGUUUGGAGGACUUGCUCUUCUACACAGUCGCAGAAGGUCAAGAGACAAUUCCUGCUCAUAAAUUUCUCACAGCACUUAAAACGACUGGGCUCCGCUCUGGGGAUCCCAGACUGAAGGAAUGCAUGGACACUCUGAAAGAAACUCUGAGGAACUCAUCAGACGGCGUUACGCUCGACAGGCACCAGUUUAAGAAGUGUGUCCAGAGCAACAUUGUCCUGCUCACUCAGGCCUUCCGCAAGAAGUUCGUCAUUCCAGACUUCCAGUCCUUCACCUCCCAUAUUGAUGAGCUGUAUGAGAGUGCCAAACCUCUCAAUGAAGGACAGGUUGCAGACUACAUUCCUCAGCUCGCCAAAUUCAGCCCUGACCUGUGGGCCGUCUCGCUGUGCACAGUGGACGGACAGAGACACACAGUAGGAGACACUAAGGUCCCCUUCUGUCUGCAGUCCUGUGUCAAGCCCCUGAAGUACGCCAUCGCUGUCCACGACCACGGCACUGAGUACGUGCACAGUUUUAUUGGGAAGGAGCCCAGUGGCCUGCGCUUUAAUAAACUCUUCCUCGAUGAUGAUGAUAAGCCCCACAACCCCAUGGUGAACGCUGGCGCUAUUGUUUGUACUUCACUGAUAGAGCAAGGUGCAAGCAACGCAGAAAGAUUUGAUUAUGUCAUGAACUUUCUGAAACGUAUGGCGGGAAACGAGUAUGUGGGUUUCAGCAACGCCACGGUCGGUCUGCCAGCCAAGUCUGGAGUAGCGGGGGGGAUCCUGCUGGUUGUUCCCAAUGUGAUGGGCAUCAUGUGCUGGUCUCCUCCUCUGGACAAGAUGGGGAACUCAGUGAGAGGAAUCCAGUUCUGCACGGACCUGGUGGAGCUCUUUAACUUCCACAACUACGACAACCUGAAACACUUUGCCAAGAAGCACGACCCCCGCAGAGAAGGAGGGGACCAGCGGGUGAAGUCUGUCAUCAACCUGCUGUUUGCUGCCUACACCGGGGACGUCUCUGCUAUGAGGAGGUUUGCGCUGUCGUCUGUAGACAUGGAGCAGAGAGACUACGACUCGAGGACGGCUCUGCAUGUGGCAGCAGCUGAAGGACACACAGAGGUGGUGCGCUUCCUCCUGGAGGCCUGCAAGGUGAACCCCGUCUCCAGAGACAGGUGAGUGCUGACCCCCAAUCUCUAAGAACCUACCGUUGGAUAAUCGCUGCAGUGAUGAAUAUGUUUCAGCUGGAACACGUUGUGUAACCCCAGCUGAUGUGAUGAGUCACUUCUACAACAUGUCGGAAGACAUGUCCUGUGAUCAGGGGAAAGGAUGUUCAUCAGUUUCAGAAGGGUCAAAUGAUUGGCCUGCAUCAAGCAAAGAAAAUAACUAAGGAUAUUGCUGAAACGACUCAAAUCUGGUUAAGAACUGUCCAACGCAUUAUUAAAACCAAAACAAUGAAUCCAGAUUGACCCUGUUCCAGAGCGAUGGGCGCACCAGGGUCAGAAGAGAGGCGGCAAAGUGAUGCACCCAUCAUGCCUUGUGCCUAGGGGUGCUGCAAUUAAUCAGGUCGAGGUUCAGCUACGUUCCCAAAGAAUGAGGUCAGCUGACCACCUGAAUAUCCUGAACGACCAGGUCUUUCCUUCAAUGGAGUGUUUCUUCCCUGAUGGCACGGACAUAUUCCAAGAUUACAAUGCCAGGAUUCAAGAGGCUCACAUUGUGUUGAGUGGUUCAGGAAGCAGGAAACAUCCUUUACACAUGGAUCGGCCUCCAGAGUCCAGACCUCAGUCCCAUUGUGAGUCUUUGGGAUGUUCUGGAGAAAACUUAGCGCAGCGGUGCAACUCUCCCAUCGUCUAUAAAGAUCUUGGUGGAAAAUUAAUGCAACUCUGGACAGAAAUACAUUUUGUGACAUAUAAGCUUAUCGAAAUGAUGCCACGGCAACUGAGUGCCGUACUCAAAGCUGAAGGCGGUCCAACCAAAUAUUAUAGUGUGCAACUUGUUUUUGGACAUAGUAUGUCGACAUUUCAGAAGAAAAGACAUAGUAUAGUGUUAGAAAAAUAUCACGCGACACAAGGUUGAGAAUCAAUGAUCAGGUAACUAAUUUAUUCUUGCAAGAAGGAGCAGAGUUAAAUCACAUACAAAGGAUCUGGGUUAACUCACACACAUGAGGUAUGUUGCUCAAAGGAGCAGC